GAACCAGCUUUUGAUUUUAAGAGGUUCGGAGCGCUUUGAAGCGAUUUGUAGCGGUUUAUGUGAUUGUUUCGAAACGCUGUGAACCGCUACCAACCGCAAAAGCUGCGUUUGCGGGUUGUAGCGGAAAAACCAGUCAUGCCCUAACUAGAUUUAAUUUGACAGAAACAAAAUCUAUUGUUUUCCCCCGAAUUUGUCUUCUUUUGUUCAAGGUUUGAACAAUUAAUGUUUAUGUUGGCUUAACUUCUAGCAUGUUUGCGAAUGAGAUAUCGUGGUACUACAAAAGUGAUAAUAUUAAAGGAAGAAAAUUAUAUGUAGAUAUGUAAAAAUGUUUACAUGCUAGAUUUUAGUAUUUUUGUGGAAGUAUUUACUAUUUAGGUGGAAGUUUCGAUCAACUUCCUAGAUCUUAUUAAGCUUUCCCUAAAAAGCCAAUAGCCGUACCUCCCGCGUUUGCCAGUAAAAAACGACCAUAAGAUGACUCAGAGAACCUUAAUAUAGAAACCACCAAAUAAGGGAAAAUCUUCUGGUUAUCCGUUGACUUACAACUUUUACAUCCAAUAAUCAUCCGCCAUGUUUAGUAGCCAUAUGUAGAAAUAGACAGGAAAGAGAAAAAUAGCUCCUUGUUCUCAAAGAAAGAAGACACAUCUUGAGAUUUUUAUUUUUUUUCAUUACGUUACCUUUCUCUUCUAUUCGCGACCCAUAACACAAUACGAACCAAGAAAAUAACAAAAGAAGUAGAGAAAGGCCUUUUGAUUUUCUCCUGAAACAUUUUGGAAAGAACAUAUCGUUUUACAAGUUGUAGCCAGGAGCGGAGUUACAGAUCUUCGGAAUAUAUAUGAUUCCGUUCCUUUGGUAAUAGGGUUUUAUCUUCUCCCAUAACAAUGUAAGUUCAUUUUAUCGAUUUCUUAGGGGUUUUAUUUCAAGUAGGAUUCACCCAAAAACAAUUCACACCUUCCCCCUCUGCAUAUCACAACCUUACUUAUUACAUGAAUACAUAACUGUAAGAGAAAUAAGAAGAAUCUCUUAAAAACAAUUUAUGAAAAAAGGUUUUUGAUUGCUUGACAUGCAAGUUAGGUAUGCAUUUGCAAGUUGAAGCUGACCUCACCAAUGAAGGGUCUAUUAAAAGGAUUGAGGUACAUUGCUCGCAUCUUCGAGGAUGAUAAGGAACCAGAGAUGCAGAUUGGAAAACCGACCGAUGUGAAACAUGUUGCUCAUAUAGGAUGGGAAGGGCCCUCUGCUACGACCCCAAGCUGGAUGCAUGAUUAUAAGUCUCCGACGGCUGAGGCUAAAGGAAGUUCCAACAAGAAACCCAGGGAUAAGCAAAGGAACAAGGGGAGGCGUAAAGCAUCCACAGGCACAAAUAACUCACCUGCAGAGUCUCCAUCAAGGGUAGGAGGUUCAACAAGGCCAUCAAGACGUAGCACGGGUAAACAGAGAGAGCAGAGCACGGGUUCAGGGUCGGAGUCAGGUUCAGGGUUAGACUUACCUCAACAGAAUGAUCAGUCUGUGGGACAGAAACAGUCGAGGCAGAAGAAGUCAAAAGGAACAACAGGAGGAUCGUCUAUUGGGCCUGCAAAGACAGAUAGAUCCGUUCGUGCGGUUAUUCCUUCUGUGGGAGGUCUUGAAAGUUCUACAGGAAGAUGAGAGAUGAGAAAAUGGAGUUCUUUUCUUCAAGUUUAGACUAGAGUGGUGGUUUUGUUUUUCUUCUCAUAAUCUACCCACUUUUGUCUUUUCUUUCCAUCUUUUUGGAGAUGUCUUUGCAUAACAAGACCAGUUUUGUAUCAAACCGAUUUACGUCGAGAGAGGGAGAGAACUCAUUGGUGAUUAUGAAUAAGAGAUGUCUAACAUAUGCUUUGCUUAAUGACUUAGGUCAAAUAUAUACUCCAACAACCUUUGUAUUGUGUUCUUAGGAUUCAAGGUUGUAUUUAGCUAUUUGAUUAGUAUAGACUUGAGUCUGACUUCUAUGAGAUUUCGGUUGUUUGUUGCAUUAUGAAUUUUUUUUUCUUAGUAAACGUAACCACAGCUUUUAAUAUAUUAAACCCAACUUAUAUACAAAAUUAUGUUGGAUUAUUUUUUUGGCUUUUGGCUUCGUAACAAAGUUGAAAACUGGUUAAUAUUCAAAAAAAUUCGGUCCAAUAUUGUUCCAGUUCGGUUCUAGUUUUUUGGUAAUUUCAGAUAAUACAUGUAAAAACGUCGGAUAAUUCAGAUUUUUUUCAGGUUAAAUAUCGGGUAGUUCGGAUUGUUCAUAUAAAAACGUCGGGUAAUUUUAAUAAUUAUAAAUAUUUUGGGUAAAAAUAUUCGGGUAAUUUAGGUAAUUUAGUUUAUAAAUAUUAUUUUAGGAUAUCUAGUUAUUUAAAAACUAAGUAUAAUUGAUAUUUUUCUCGGUUUGGUUCUGAUUCAGUUUUUAUUUUUCGGUUUUAGAGAUAUAGGAUCCGUCCAGAUAUUUAUGAAAUUAUGUUCGGUUUCAUUUUUGGUUAUUUCAGUUCGGUAUGGUUCAGUUCUUUGGUUCUGAAUAUUAUGCUAAAUUGUUGUUAAAAUGUUUUGUUGAGAUCAAACAAAAAUGCAGUGUAUAAAAAUGGUAAUUGGAUUAAAUAACAAAAAAACAUAUUUAACAAACUACACAUAGCAAUAAAAGUGGUACCAUAUAAUAUAUAUUAUGUGAAAUCUUGAGGAAAAUACCUCUUUCCAUACUAUUGCAGCCUUGUUAUCCUGAUAUCUCUAUAAAGCUAGCAUAUAUAUAAUCAGAGCCGGUCCUAGGUUUUUUAAGGCCAUAAGUACAAAAUAGAAAAAUGGCUAAAAAAAUUAAAAACAAAAAAUAUUCACAGCCUAGGGGAUUCAAACUCCAGCCUCUAACAUAGACUUGGGGAAUGAACAACCACUAGACCAUUGCAAGUUUUUGUAAGAUUGUAGUCAUUUUAGUAUUUAAUAAAUGACGGUCAGAAGCAUGGGCUUCAUUUGCUUGGACCCAAAGCCGGCUCUUUAUAUAAUAGUGUUCUUUUAGAAUCAUUUGUCUCUUAACUGUAUAUAUAGCAUGCAUUAAGCUAGAAUCAGCAUUCACUAUAAAAUCUUAACAAUUGAAUUUAGUUUCACCUUUAGAGAUUUGUGUGAUUUCUCUUUGCCAACAAAAAUUACUAUACAUAAAACUAAAACGGUUCAAACCCAACAUAUAUCCUGUUGAAAAAGACUUUGAUUACUUGUUAACUUGUCUGCCUGCCUGAAUGUUCAUAGUACAAGGAAUAUGUUGGAUGGUAAAAUAAUGGUAGGAACUUUAUACUUAUGAAAAUCGCCUAGAGAAAAUAAAUAAAUUAAUGUGUAUGUAGGUCUAAACAUCAUAUUCAUUAAUUCAAAAGUGUUUUGUUGCAAACAUUACAUGUAGUUGUUCGUACAUCUUCAUGCACUCUUGCUCAUAUAUGUAGGAGGAGAGAUUUCAACGCACAUUCCUUACACACAUCAAUAUUUAUUUUUUCUCAGGUCCAGCAACAAAACUAUCUUUACUCAGAGUCGUACGACCUUGAGACCAAAAGAAACAUGGGCUUAGGGCAUCAUUUGUUUUUAAAAACACUUAAUAGCAUAUGUUUGGUUAAUAUUACCAAUCAUAAGUACUAAUAUAUAUUUUAUAUGGGCUUGAGUUUUAAACUAUAAUAUUAUCAGUAGGCUAAAUAUGGGCCACAACACAUAAAGACAUUCAUUAAUACAUUAAUAGUUCACUAAUUAAAGUUAAAUUUGCUUAAAAAGUUUAUUCAUGUAAUUUUACAAAAAUUAGGGUAACAACCCCAACUUCACGACGUCUUCUGUCUCUUCCGACUUCUGCUCACGUCUUCUUCUCACACACAAACCUGCAGUUCUGAUUUUUGAAGUUUAAGAUUUCAGAUUAUUAUAUUAACAAAGUAGCUUUAUCUCACUUUCUCUCUUACAAUUCAAACUAAGGUAAAAGUACUACGUAUCAAUAUCUAUUUUGUGAAAUAGUGAAUAACAAUCAGAAUUUUAUAUGUUGAUAGAACGAUGUCAUCGAACAAAAGACAUCAACCGUGUGGAGCAGACAACAGAAAAAAAAGAAGAACAAAAAAGAUGAGGAAGCAAAAUUUUAAAAGAAUGGUUUAUUAAGGUAUUUCAAAAAAUCUGAAACUCUUGAUACCUUUGUAGAGAAUAAUGAUGAAUAAGAACAACAUGCUACGUCUAGAGAAGAUAAAGUAGAUGAAAAUAUAAGUGAGGAUCAUGGAGAAAAACCGAGUCCUGAGCCAAAUAAUAUGAAUGUUGUGAAUGAGGAAGAGUUGAAAGAAAAAGAUGAUGGGGAUAAGAAUGGAAGUGAAAAGAGUGGUAAUCUCGAGGAGCCUUGUGGAUACAUAGAUAUGUAUGAUCCUGAAAAUUGGGACAACAUAAAAAAAGGAUGGACUGAGUGGAGAGAUUUUAUGGUUGUACAAGGUCCUGCGAAAAGAUUGCCAAUAGAUUACAACUUUCCCAAGGAUGGUGUUAAGAGACAUUUCUCUCAUUUGCAUUAUACAAGACAAUUGGGUGAUGAAAAAAAACAAGAUCGGCGUUGGCUACAUUAUUCAAAGAAAAUAAACAAAAUCUUUUGUUUCUGCUGCAAAUUGCUCAGUAAGAGUGACAGUAGUCAAUUGGCAUCUGUGGGGUUCAGCGAUUGGAGAAAUGUAUUGAAAAGGCUUAAAGAACAUGAAUCUGGUCGUGAACCUAUAUUAUGUAUGAAGCAGUGGGCAAAACUAGAUCUCAGGCUGCAAAAGAAUCAGACCAUUGACAAAUAUGCUCAAGAUGAAAUCAACAAAGAGAAAAUCCAUUGGAGACAAGUGCUGCUUAGGAUAAUUUCUGUAGUGAAAACUCUUGCUAAACAAAAUUUAGUAUUUCGUGGAAGCUACGAAAAGAUUGGAGAAGAAGGUUGUGGGAAUUUCUUAAGCUUUAUCGAGAUGAUUGCUGAUUUUGAUCCUGUGAUGAUCGAACAUCUUAGGAGAUUUAAAGACGUGAAUCUCGUACUCAUUAUCUCAUGGCAGAAUUCAGAAUGAGUUAAUAGCUUUGUUGGGCAAUGAGAUCAAAGGUAUGAUCAUCAAGAAAAUUCAAAGUGCAAAAUUUUUCUCUGUUAUUCUUGACUGCACUUCAGAUAUAAGUCAUCAUGAACAAAUGACUGUUGUUAUAUGGCGUGUAGAUGUGUCAACAGUUUCAGUUAAGGUUGAAAAUUUUUUUUUAACGUUUCUGAAAGUUGAUGAUACAUAUGGAGAAAGUUGCUUUUGAUUUGAAAAUUGAUGAUGUGAGAGGACAAGGUUAUGACAAUGGCUCUAAUAUGAAGGGAAAGCAUAAAGGAGUACAAAAAAGAUUUCUUGAGAUUAAUCCUAGAGCGUUUUAUACACCAUGUAGUUGUCAUAGUUUGAAUCUUGCACUAUGUGAUAUGGCAAGGACUUCUUCAAAGGGGAUCUCGUUUUUUGGAAUCAUCCAGCAUACUUAUAACUUUUUUUCAGCUUCAAAUAAGCGCUAGAAAAUCUUUGAAGAUCAUGUAGAUGGUCUAACACUUAAGUCUUUGUCGAAUACUUGUUGGGAGAGCCAUGUUGAAAGUGUUAAGGAGAUACGGUUUCAAGCUCAUAAAAUCAUGAACGCUUUAGUUUACAUUGCUGAAAAUAGUGUUGAUCCACAAGAGCAGAGCAGAGCAAAGCUGCAUAUCUUGCAACAAGUGAAACACAUGGAAUUAGAAGUUUUGAGUUCUUGGUUUCCCUGGUUAUUUGGUACAAUCUUUUAUCGGUUAUCAACAUUGUGAGUAAGAGUUUGCAGUCAGAAGACAUGGAUAUUGAUGUUGCUAUUGCUCAACUUAAGGGGCUGGUUUCUUAUUUUAAAAAAUAUAGAGAUUCAGGUUUUGAGAAAGCAAAAUCAGAGGCUAAAAUACUUGCAGAGGCUUAUGGAGAUUGAGGCUGUGUUCCCCAAGCAAGGAAAGCGGGUAAUCAAAAGAAAAAUACAAUAUGGCGAGUGUUCAGAGAAUGUAGAGGGGAGUGUGACAUUAUCACCCGAAGAGAAAUUUAGAGUUGAUUACUUCAUUCAGAUCAUGGAUCAGACCAAGCUCUCUACUCGUUUGGGACAAGAUUUGAACAAUUCGAGAAGUAUGAAAAAUAUUUGGAUUUUUGUUUGAUUUGAAGAAACUGCAGUCAGCAAGUGAUGAUAGUUUGAUGGUUUCCUGUGCCAAUUUUGAAGAUUCUCUAACUCAUAGUGAUCAUUCAGAUAUUUUUGGUAGUGAUCUUUUUGCUGAGCUUAAAAUUAUAAGAGAAGCUUUACCAGAAGGAGUUAAGAAGCCUACUGAAGUGCUAGACUUUUUGCAAAGUGUUCAUGAUUUUUAUCCAAAUUCAUGGAUUGCUUAUCGAAUAUUGUUGACCAUCCCUGUUUCGGUUGCAUCUGCUGAGAGGAGUUUUUCGAAGGUGAAGCUAAUAAAAUCUUAUCUUCGUUCGACUAUGUCACAAGAAAGAUUGAGUGAUUUGGCUCUCUUAUCUAUCGAGAGAGAACUCUUAAGGAACAUUGAUUUUGAAAGUUUAGUCAAUGAGUUCUUAGAGAAGAAAGGAAGACAAAUUAUGUUUUAGAAUUAUUAAGCAGUGUUUUUUUUUUGAAGUGAAUCUUUAUAAGAUAUUUUUAUGAAUGAAGGCAUAUUUUUUUCUCACGCUUACAUAUGGUUUUAAUACUCGCACAGCUAUGUCUUUACUCCAAAUAAGAGUAUGUUUUUUUCAUUCUCUAUUUAUGUGACACCACCAUCUUUUCUCCAUUUCCAUUGAUUUUUUUUUUCACUUUUUUGAAAUAUUUUUGGGUAUUUCGUACUUUUCAAGUUUUCCAAAUUUGUGUGAUUAAAACUGAUUCAUUGGCUAAGAACCCGCCCCACUAGAGGUUCUCUAUCAUUUUAUGCAAAUAUCUUAACACCAUUUUGUUAUAUGAUUCAAACUUUAUUUUCUUUCUUAAAAUUAAACCAGUGAAAAUAUGUCAUUUUUAUGUUGGGUUUCUUAAAGCAUUAUGAUAUUAUCUCUAUACAGAAUACAAUAUCACUUUCUCUCCUUAAUCAUAUCAUUUUUAAUUAACUAAUUGUGAGAAAUUCUUUUCCAUUCUAAGGAAUGGAAGUGCUUUUAAACCAUCCCAAACCUACUUUAUUUUUCAUUUUGAAGUAAAUUUUUUUUCAACUCUAUUUCAUUUCUUGUUUCAAAAUGAAGUAAUGAACAAUAUUACAUCAAAUUUGAACAUAUAAUAUUCUUAUCGUUAUUUCUCAAAGACAAACUUUCUUAAUAAUAAAGUAGUCCUUAGUUUUUACUUACUAUUAUAUUUUGCUAAAAUAAAUUAUGUACAUUAGUAUUAUCCAAGUCAUUUCAAACUUUCAACUAUUAUUAUCAUCUAAUUACAUGUUUAUAUCCAAAAGCAUGAAGAUAUCCUUUUAACUCGAUUAAGAAGAAUC